AAAAGCAGUACGGAUCAACAUUAGAAAGUAUUUUGAAAGUAUACGCGGUAUUUUGAAGCCACGAGAAAGAAAGUGACUGAAAAAAUCCCUAACCGAAAGUAUCGAGCCACUUCUGAAAUGGACAGAGACGCUAAAAGGGACGUGUUUUACUUGGUGAACAGUGAUGCAGAGAUGCACAUACAGGAACUUACACUCACUUUCAGCUUGACAUCUUCAACUAGAACAACUCAGAGAGCUGGAUGAAAAUGCUGCUAAACUUAACAUUAAUUAUCUUCAGUUUAAUCUUCAUGUCCUUCUCUGGUAAAUUUGUCUCUUCGUGUAUCUACAAAGCCACGGGGGAAAAAGCUGUGAUUUCAUUCGAUGGUGCAAAAUUACAAGAGGAAUAUGAACUGAAAUGGACACAUAAUAAAAACAGAGUUUAUUUUAAAAAAGGCUCAAAGGUUAAGGUCAAAGAGCUCGAUGUCGAUGAAGAUGGAUCUCUGAUACUGACGGACGUACAGAAGGAUAAAUCUGGAGAGUACAAGGGCAUCGUCUAUGAUUCAGAAGGAAGUUUAAUAAAGGAAACCGUACAGCAGCUCUGUGUCCUGGAGCCAGUGUCUGAACCUACAGUCGUGGUGGAGUGUGUAGAAAAAGGAGUAAACCUGACUUGUAGCGCAGAGAACCACCGUGAGGUGCUUGUGUCCUGGAUGAGAAAUCACAUGGAGGCUAAUGUGACACAUGCUUUUUUACACAUCAGUCUGUCCGAGAUCAAAUCUGGAGAUAGUUUCUCAUGCACAGUCAGCAACCAGAUAAGCCAGAAGUCAGCAAAAGAAGUUCAGCCCGCUUGCUCUGACGCAGAUACGUCUGAGAAGAGAUUUCUAUUUGGCUUGGAUUCGUGGUUGAUGCUGGUGAUCCUGACGGGGGGAGGAAGCUUCCUCAUCCUCUUCAUCAUCUGCUUAGUCGCUGUCUGCUGCUGCUGCGGACGAAACAAGAGGAAAGCAAAACGUGAAGAACAGCAUCAGCUUGUCUCUUUAAUGCCGUAUCUUUAAUACCUAAAUCAGCCUGAUGAGCAGAAAAAGGCAGCAUUCUCUUUCUGCUAGUUAUAAAAAGAUGAAACUAACCUCAGCUUGAUUCACAUCGACCUGUAUUUGAUCUGCUGUUAUUAAUAAGUACCUGUGGAAAUGGAAACAUAUCACACAGUGAUUUACAUUCAAUCUAAGGAUUACAUGAUCCUUUUUUCUUCACAACUCCUCCAGAUGGCAGCAAUGUGCUGAAAAAGCAAAUCAUGCUCCACUGAACUAGUAUUAGAAACAUAAUUGUGUUUGACAUAAAUGUGUGUUAACCAGGUCAGAUCAAGCAGAGUAAACAUUACAAAGUAUUUUAUUUUAAUAUGUUCAAUGUUUUCUGUUGCAAAAUAAAUGCAUAGACUAUUGUGUGACGUAAAAAUGACAAAAUAAAUAAAUAAAAUAAAA